AUUCCACGUCGCAGUCGUGUGUCUCACAGGCGAGCUCGCUGCGUUUGAAUGCGUGUCUCCAGCUAGGCCAGAGAGUGAUGGCGGCGCCCGUCCUGAGAGUGUCCACCCCUCGGUGGGAGAGAAUAGCCCGGCUCGUCGUCUGUGUGCUGGGCAUCCUGUUGUCUCUGUAUGCCUUCCACGUGGAGAGGGAAAAGGCCCGGGACCCGAGCUAUAAGGCCGUGUGCGACGUCAGCAGCUCCAUCAGCUGUUCGAAAGUGUUCAGCUCAAGGUGGGGUCGAGGAUUUGGACUCCUGGGCUCAAUUUUUGGAAAUGACAGCGCACUGAAUCAACCCAACAGUGUCUACGGGAUCGUCUUUUAUGCCUUUCAGCUUCUUCUGGGAAUGACUGUCAGUGCAAUGGCCGCCCUCAUUCUCAUGACGACUUCCAUCUUGUCGGUGGUGGGUUCGCUCUACCUGGGCUACAUCCUCUACUUUGUCCUCAAGGACUUGUGCAUCAUCUGCAUCACCACGUAUGCGCUGAACUUCAUUCUCUUUAUUCUCAACUACAAGCGACUGGUUUACUUGAACGAGGCCUGGAAGCAGCAGCUGCAGGCCAAGCAGGACUAAGCUGUGGAGAGCGGCAAGAAAAAUACAAUAAACAAACAAACGACAACAAAAAAGAAAUGUGACCUCUGAACAUUUGACUUGCCACCAGGAGACCUUGCUUCCAAAACAAUGUUUAUUCUGCUGUGUGUUCAAAAAAAAGAAGAAAUGUAACUUAAAUGUUGGGCCUGACAUCUUAAUGUUGCGAAACACGGAAGGAUUUGUAAGUGAAAGAUUUUCUUUUAAUUUCUUUUUCCUUGUUUAACAUUGUACUCACUCAAGGAAGGGGCUGGCUGUGCGUGUGCUCGUUCCUGUGUGUGUGUGUGUGUGUGUGUGUGUGUGUGUGCGAGAGUGAGAGUGUGAGCGCGUCUGUGUUGGGAAAACCAUCCAAACGAACAGCGGAGGCAGAAUCUACAACACAGAGCAACGGAGGACGGCUCUGUUCUGAACAAAAAGGAACGCAGAACGGACGAGGAACAAGACUUUGAAAGGGUUUACUUGAAAUGUUAGAGAGGUCCUAUAACUGCACAGCGGAUCUGCACUAAAAAUAGCGCCCAAUAAGGGGGGAAAAAACACUCAUUAGGUCAUCAUACACUUUGCAGAUAAAGUUUGGUUGACGGGGGGGGGGGGGGGGUCGGGGCGAGGGA